AUGGCCCUGGGACAGAGGCUGUUCAUCACUAUGUGCCGGGGGGCAGGAUGUCUUCAGGGCACACUGCGGGCCCUCAUCUUCCUAGGCGUCCUACUGGGCAUGGUGGUGCCCUCGCCUGCAGGCGGCCGCGCCAACAGCACACUGCUGGACUCGAGGGGCUGGGGCACCCUGCUGUCCAGGGCACGCACUGGGCUCACUGGAGAGAUGGCCGGGGUGAGCUGGGAGAGUGGCUAUCUGGUGGGAAUCAAGCGGCAGCGGAGGCUCUACUGCAACGUGGGCAUUGGCUUUCACCUCCAGGUGCCUCCCGACGGCCGGAUCAGCGGGACCCACGAGGAGAACCCCUACAGCCUGCUGGAGAUCUCCACAGUGGAGCGAGGUGUGGUGAGUCUCUUUGGAGUGAAAAGUGCCCUCUUCGUUGCCAUGAACAGUAAAGGAAGAUUAUACACCACG